AUGAGGAAAGCAAAUGCCACCUCUGUGGUAGGUUUUACCCUCCUUGGACUGUUCCCAGGAAUGAGGCACAUUGAAUUACUCAUCGGCACCAUUCUCCUUGUCUAUCUUGUUGCCAUUACAGGAAACACCAUCCUGACCCUUCUCAUUUGUGUGGAUCCCCGUCUCCACAGUCCAAUGUACUUUUUGCUCAGCCAGCUCUCCAUCAUGGACAUCUCCCUCAUAUCUACAACUGUGCCCAAGAUGCUAACCAACUUUUUCUCAGGGACAUCAGGCAUUUCAUACAUUGGCUGUGGGACUCAGGUAUAUUUCUACUUUGCCUUGGGAGGGAGUGAAUGUAUUCUGUUAACCCUUAUGGCAUAUGACAGAUAUGUGGCUAUUUGUAAUCCUUUAAGAUACAUGCUUAUUAUGAACCCUACAGUUUGCCUGCAGAUGGCCAUUGUGUCCUGGAUUGGGGGAGCAAUUAAUUCUGUAGCUCAUACUACCUAUACUAUGCAUUUUCCCAGAUGUGGCUCAAGAGAAAUUCAUCAUUUCUUCUGCGAGCUCCCAUCACUGCUCAAACUAUCAUGUGAGGACACGUCAGCUUAUGAAAAAGUAGUUUUAGUAAUGGGAAUUUUAUUUCUUCUCAUACCCUUUGCCCUCAUCCUCACUUCCUAUACACUCAUCCUUCUCAGUGUUCUCCACAUACAUUCUUCAAAGGGGAGAAAUAAAGCUUUCACCACCUGCUCUUCCCAUCUGAUGGUAGUGCUUCUAUACUUUGGCCCAACUAUGUUCAUCUACAUGAUUCCUAGUUCUUUUCGCACCUCAGAACAAGACCAAGGUCUCUCUGUGUUCUAUACGACCCUGACUCCUAUGCUAAACCCCCUGAUAUACAGCCUACGGAACAAGGAUGUAGGAGAGGCUCUGAAGAAAAUUCUAUGCAAAGGCUUUAUCAUUAGGUAG